ACUCUUACAGAGACAACGUUGCUGGGAAAUCCUUCCAGAACAGGCUUUGCUUGCCUAUGCCCAUUGAUGUGGUGUACACCUGGGUGAAUGGCACAGAUGUUGCGUUGAUCAGGGAGUUGCAACAAGUGAGGAAACAGAUGGAGGAAGAACAGAGAAUAAUGAGGGAAAUUCUUGGAAAGAAUGUAACAGAACCAACUAAGAAAAGUGAGAAGCAACUGGAGUGUUUACUGACACACUGCAUCAAAGUGCCAAUGCUUGUCUUGGAUCCUGCCUUGUUAAGCAACAUCACUCUCAAAGACCUGCCAUCUGUCUAUCCCCUGUUGAGAUCUGCCAACAAGUUCUUCUCUGUUCCAAAGCCAAAAAACCCUUCUACCAAUGUUACUGUAGUUGUUUUCGACAGUUCUAAAGAAGCUGAAGAUGCCCAUUCUCAGAUCCUAAAGGAGAACAAGAGGCAAGCAGUGUGGAGGGGUUAUUUGACAACAGACAAAGAAGUUCCUGGUUUAGUGAUAAUGCCAGACUUGGUUUUCCUCAAAGGAUUUCCACUUACAUUCAAAGAGACAAACCAACUGAGAACAAAACUACCAGAAAACCUUGCCUCCAAAAUAAAGCAGUUACAGCUUUAUUCGGAAGCUGGCGUAGCUCUCCUGCAACUGAAUAAUCCGAAGGGUUUCCAAGAACUGAACCAGCAAGCUAAGAAGAACAUGACUAUAGAGGGGAAAGAACUGACACUUAAUCCUGCUUAUUUAUUAUGGGAUCUCAGUUCCAUCAGUCAGUCAAAACAGGAUGAAGACAUUUCAGCCAGCCGUUUUGAAGACAAUGAGGAGCUGCGAUACUCCUUACGAUCAAUAGAGAGGCAUGCACCUUGGGUACGCCAUAUCUUCAUAGUCACUAAUGGACAGAUACCUUCCUGGCUCAAUUUGGAUAACCCUCGGUUAACAAUAGUAACACAUCAGGAUAUAUUUCAGAACGUGAGUCACCUUCCCACCUUUAGUUCCCCUGCUAUUGAAAGCCACAUUCACCGUAUUGCAGGUCUGUCUCAGAAGUUUAUUUAUUUAAAUGAUGAUGUGAUGUUUGGGAAGGAUGUUUGGCCUGAUGAUUUCUAUAGUCACUCCAAAGGUCAAAAGGUUUAUUUGACUUGGCCUGUGCCAAACUGUGCCGAAGGAUGUCCUGGUUCAUGGAUUAAAGAUGGCUACUGUGAUAAAGCCUGUAACAAUUCUGCUUGUGAUUGGGAUGGAGGCGAUUGCACUGGUAAUAGUGUGGGGAGCCGUUUUGGUGCUGGCGGUGGAGCAGGAGGAGGUGUUGGGAAUGUCCAGCCUUGGCAGUUUGGUGGAGGAAUAAGUGGAGUUUCAUACUGUAACCAAGGCUGUGCUAAUUCAUGGCUAGCUGAUAAAUUCUGUGACCAGGCAUGCAAUGUCCUUCCAUGUGGAUUUGAUGCUGGCGACUGUGGACAAGAUCACUUUAAUGAGCUUUACAAAGUGACUCUUCAAAAGAAUCAGACCCAUUAUGUGAUUCCCAAAGGUGAAUAUCUACCUUAUUUCAGCUUUGCUGACAUAGCCAAGAAAGGACUGGAAGGUGCAUAUAGUGAUAAUCCAAUUAUACGGCAUGCUUCCAUUGCAAACAAAUGGAAGACAAUCCACUUAAUAAUGCAUAGUGGAAUGAAUGCAACUGUACUCUAUUUCAACCUUACAUUUCAAAAUAAAGAUGACGAAGAGUUUAAGAUGCAGAUAACCCUAGAAGUGGAGACAAGAGAGGAACCAAAAACAAAUACAACUUCUACCCAGAAACCCGAAGGUGAUGUGAAAGCUACAACUUCAGUGCCAGAAGCUGAAAUUAUAUUUGAGGAUGUUCCCGAAGAAGAACGUUUUCCAAAAAUUAAAAAACACCCAAAUGGCACAUUUGAGAGCAUGGACGAAGACAUGAUAAUUCAACCAGUAAAUAUGUCUGACCUCCCAGAAAAUGUGAAAUUAUCUCUGCAGGAUCUGGAGUUACAGCUCAUUGUUGGUGACAUUACCCAGAAAGGGUAUAAUCGGUCCAAGGCUGCUAUCUUGAGGCCUUUCCAGAUAAUGCCUGUAGCAACAAAGGAAGCAAAAAAUAAUUCCCAGAAGAUGCAGAAAAAUGAAAGAUAUGAUGGCUUGAUAAAUGGGAAUAAGUCUGCAAUUGGGCAUUUUGACAAUGCCAAACUCGAAAUGGGAGGAAAUUUUCAUAGAAAGUUUCCUCCAGAAUUUGCUCCUGCAGGUAAUGCUAUUGUGGCAAUGAAAGUAAACAGUCAUUUCCCACUAAGAGACAGUUCCACAGUAAGAUCUGCUCCUGUAAUUAAAGACAUUGUUGAAAAGCCCGAAUAUUCAGAGAAAACCUUGAACACCAUCAUACAGAAAGAGGCUCAGAAGUCCAAAGAAAUGAGGAAAGGAAGAGCUACAGAAAAAAAGAAAGACAAUGUUAAUAUUGAUCCAUCACUUGCUAAGGAAGAUGUAGCAGAAAGUCAAGUCUUACCAGGAAGAAAAUUGCAGUAUUACACUGGAAAUUAUCGAGGCUUUUUGCCAUGGGAGAAACACAAAUAUUUCCAAGAUCUUCUUGAAGAGGAAGAGGCGUUAAAGAAGGAGAUGGCCUAUUUUACAGAUAGUAAACAGAUUGGGAGGCAGCUGAAGGAUACAUUUGCUGACUCUCUCAGAUAUGUAAACAAGCUUUUGAACAGCAAGUUUGGAUUCACAUCCCGGAAAGUUCCUGCUCAUAUGCCUCACAUGAUCGAUCGAAAAGUCAUGCAAGAAUUACAAGAUUUAUUUCCUGAGGAGUUUGACAAGACCUCAUUUCACAAAGUACGCCACUCCGAAGAUAUGCAGUUUGCCUUUUCAUAUUUCUACUAUCUCAUGAGUGCUGUUCAGCCACUUAAUAUCUCCCAGGUUUUUGAUGAAGUUGAUACAGAUCAAUCUGGAAUUUUAUCUGAUCGAGAGAUACGUACACUGGCCACAAGAAUUCAUGAACUCCCUUUAAGUUUGCAGGAUCUGACAGGCCUGGAGCAAAUGUUAAUAAAUUGUUCUAAAUCCCUUCCUGUCAAUAUUACGCAGAUUAAUAUUAUACCACCAACUCAGGAAGCAUAUUAUGAUCCCAAUCUGCCUCCAGUGACUAAAAACCUGUUAACCAACUGUAAGCUUGUAACUGAAAGAAUUCGUAAAACGUAUAAGGACAAAAACAAAUACAGGUUUGAAAUUAUGGGAGAGGAGGAGGUUGCCUUUAAAAUGAUUCGUACCAAUGUUUCUCAUGUCGUUGGACAACUUGACGACAUACGGAAAAAUCCUAGAAAAUUUGUUUGUCUUAAUGACAACAUUGAUCACAAUCAUAAGGAUGCUCAAACAGUGAAAGCCGUGCUUAGGGAUUUUUAUGAAUCAAUGUUUCCCAUCCCAUCUCAGUUUGAGCUGCCAAGGGAAUAUCGGAAUCGUUUUCUUCACACACAGGAACUUCAGGAAUGGAGGGCCUACAGGGACAAGCUGAAGUUUUGGACACACUGUGUAUUAGUGACAUUGAUUGUGUUCACCAUCACCUCAUUUUUUGCUGAGCAGCUAAUAGCCAUCAAGCGAAAGAUUUUUCCAAGGAGGAGGAUCCAAAAAGAAGUCUGCCAUGAACGAAUGAAGGUGUAGAAGAAUUUUGUUUGUGAAUCAGUCUACCUCAACAUGUAAUGAGCAUGUGAAAUCUUUGUUUCAGAAGUGUCUUGAGAAUUGUGUCCUGGGCAUGAACAGAAGUGUUCCCACCCAUUAUAGCCCUUGUAAUUCUAUGUUAUGACCAUGCUACUGAACUUUGAAAGGGGGUAAAGGAUGUAACCCAUAAGUGAUACCUCCUGAGUGAAUUAUCCUUUUUAUAAAAAGGGUUAUUGAAUGAAGCAUAGCUGCAUUUAUUGCAGUGGCCAUUGCCAGCUAAAUAUAAUUUGAGGAUAUUAUGAUUCUAUUAGCUGUAUCCCUUCAUCCCAAGACUUUUGGUGAGCUACUGAUCUUCAAAGAAUAGGACAAAAAGAUGAAGCUACUGAUUAAAUAAUCAGUAGCUUCAUCUUUUCGUCCUGUUCUUUGAACAGUAAACAUACCUGUUUUGGCUAUAAUCCUUCAUCCUUAGUAGGUGGAUAUGGAUUGGCUUUCACAUCACUGCAUUGCAAAUUUCCCCUAGAUUAGUUGAUACUUGUCACAGUUGUACCAUUUGGUCCCCGUUGCAACUAGUCAAUUCAUGCCAGCCAGGAGGAACUGAGAAAGAGUCGGCUUCUAGGUACUUCUAGGAACAUAGAAGUAAACCUGCUAUUGAGAUGAAUUACCUGACAGCUUUGGGAAUAGUAAUAGCUUCAUAGGACAGGCAUGAUAGCUCAACUGCACAUCUAUUGCAGUGCCAUGGAACUUACUCUUUAAGCACAAAAGUGGCAGGAUUGUAGCCUUUGGUGUUAUUUUACCAGUUUAGAUGUCUAUUGCCUAUAAUUUAAAUAUAGUAUAGAAUCAACUAUAGAAUACUUUCUCAAUGAAUAAUUGAAAUGAACACACCCUAUUGCUGUAUUAUUCUGCUGGUGAUUCUAGUUUCUGAUGCCAAUGUAAUGCCUUUUGUCGAUCAAUGUGUAAAUAGCAAUCUAGUAAAUUGUAUUCCUAAUUUUAAAAAUAGGGCUAUUAUCAAGUGAAAGGGAUUCAUUGUAAUUAUUAUUUAUACAAGUAUUGUAUAUUGAGCAACAAAAGUGCCUCGCCUGAAGAUUUGUCAAUACAUUGUAUUGUUUUAAUGGCAUAAGUGUAUUAGCAUGAUCCAGAGUUAUUUCUCAUAUCAAGUAUUACAUUUCAAAAACUGGGAUGAGGUCUGGUGAUUCCCCUAUUUUUUUUUCAAGAUACAUCACAAAAAAAUCAAAGGGGUGGGGAAAGGGAUUCAAGGAGAUGUUUAUGAAAGAAAUCAUGACAUUAAGAAGGUUUUAGGUAAAAUAGAAAAAAUAUUUUAUAAUGAAGAGAUGUGAUUUCCAGUGCACAUGUGCUGUAAAAUACAUGCUUUCUUUUCCUCUAUGUUAUUGAUAUAUUAUGUAAUUGACUUCAGAAUGUUAUAAUGUGUGAGUGUCAAAAAAGAAAAAUAUCGGCUGUUUAACGCUCUCAAAACUAUUAAAUAUUUUUAAAUAGAAAAAA